GCAGCGUCAGCGUCAGCAGGCAGAGAGGACACACUCAGAUCAACCAGCAAUCACCAUCGUCUCUCACACUGCCAUGGUCGAAAAAAAGGACAACAGCGCUUCCCAUUUUCUACCGGGAGUGAAACUUUACGGCCCAAACCAAAACUAUCCAUGCUGCUGAACGCCGUACCACCGCGGAUAUAAGCGACGUCGAAGUAGUCCGACCGCACCGAAACCACAAAGAAGAAGAAGAACCAGCAGUCUUUUCUUUUUUUUUUUCACGCUCGGAGGGAAAGACGGCAUCCGGCCUGAGAAGAAGCUCUGAGGUCGGGGACUCUGGUCAGAGCAACGUUAAUCGUUUCUGGCCUCCCCUUCCCGAGAGCUCCAUGGAGAAGAUGAAGCGCUUCAAGCGCCGUCUCUCUCAGACGUUGAGAGGCAGCAACACCAUCGACGAGUCUCUGUCUGAGCUGGCGGAGCAGAUGACCAUCGAGGAGAACGGCCUGAAGGACAGCGAGCCGAUGGUGAGGAAUGGCCGUCCUCCGUCGGCCCACAGUGUCCACUCCUUCCUCCACCAGUACGCCGGCUCGUUUAAAAAGCUGCAGCUGCGACGGCCCCAGAGCGCCAGUGGAGGAGGCCUGGGCUCGCUCAUGGUCAUGCCUCGCAACGGCAGUCGUCUCGAUAUCGUCCAUGAGAACCUGAAGAUGGGGUCGGACGGGGAAAGCGACCAGGCGUCUGGGACUUCCUCAGAUGAGGUGCAGUCGCCCAUGGGUGUUUGCCUGCGGAACAGAGGGAACAGACGCAUCUCUGCAGAGGACCUGAACAAACGUCUGUCCCUGCCGGCUGACAUCCGGAUACCUGAUGGUUACCUGGAGAAGCUGCAGCUGAGCAGCCCGUCCUUCGACCAGCCGCUGACCCGGCGCUCCCGCAGAGCAUCACUGUCAGAAAUUGGAUUUGGGAAGCUGGAGACUUACAUCAAACUGGACAAACUGGGGGAGGGCACUUAUGCUACAGUGUACAAGGGGAGGAGUAAGCUGACGGACAACCUUGUGGCGCUGAAGGAGAUCAGACUGGAGCACGAGGAGGGGGCGCCAUGCACAGCGAUCAGAGAAGUGUCGUUACUGAAGGACCUGAAACACGCCAACAUUGUGACGCUCCACGACAUCAUCCACACCGAAAAGUCGCUCACGUUGGUGUUCGAGUACCUGGACAAAGACCUCAAGCAGUACAUGGACGACUGCGGGAACAUCCUGAGCAUGCAGAAUGUCAAGAUUUUUCUGUACCAGAUCCUGCGAGGAUUGGGGUACUGUCACAGACGGAAAGUUCUCCACAGAGACCUGAAGCCCCAGAAUCUGCUCAUCAACGAAAGGGGAGAACUCAAACUGGCAGACUUUGGCCUGGCCAGGGCCAAGUCGGUGCCCACUAAAACAUACUCUAACGAGGUGGUCACACUGUGGUAUCGGCCUCCCGAUGUGCUGCUGGGCUCCUCCGAGUACUCCACUCCGAUAGACAUGUGGGGUGUGGGCUGCAUAUUCUUCGAGAUGGCUGCCGGCAGGCCUCUGUUCCCCGGCUCCACCGUGGAGGACGAGCUGCAUCUCAUCUUCCGGCUGCUAGGCACUCCCACAGAGGACAGCUGGCCUGGAAUAUGCUCCAUGGACGAGUUCAAGUCCUACAAGUUCCCCAAGUACAAAAUUCAGCCGCUCAUAAACCACGCGCCGAGCCCUCUAAUCCCUGGAGAUGGGAACGAGCACAUUUCUCUCGUCCGACCCAGAUUGGACACUGAUGGCAUCGACCUGCUGUUGUCAUUCCUAAAAUUUGAGUCGAGAAAGAGGAUCUCUGCCGAUGAAGCAAUGAGACAGCCGUACUUCAGGAGCCUGGGGCCACGUGUGAACGCGCUGCCAGAGUGCAUAUCCAUAUUCACACUGAAGGAGGUCCAGCUGCAGAGAGAUCCUGGCUACCGGAACUCAUCGUACCCAGAGUCAGGUGAGCGAUGAUGCAACGGAAAGAGCAGAAGACAAAGCAUGCUGUUUUAGAUUCUCUGGACUGUAUUUUUUUUAAUUUGAGAAGUCUCCUAUCUGUACAGUCUCGCCGAUGGAUCAGUAACCAGGAAUGGAUGUUGGCGUGAAGCAUCAUCAUCAUCAUCAUCAUCACUCCCACCCCCAAGCUACUUGGGAAACUUGUCCACAGUGCCACCAACCCCCCUUUCCAGGUCUGGCCUGAACCUGGCCCAAAAGAGACAUUUAUAUACUGUACAUCUAUAUUUAUUGAGAAGAGAAUUUGCUGCUAAAUCCAACUACUGUCGAGAAUUCUAACUGGCUCAGUCACUUUAAUGAGUACAUGCAAUGUGUAUAGAUGGUUCUUUUUUUUGUUGAAGUGGUGGUAUUUUAAAAAGACCUUUUUUUUGUUAUUUUCAUUUUCAUACAUAACAACAAAACCAACACCUCCACCACAGAGCUCCUCAGUGUGUGUGUGUGUGUGUGUGUGUGUGGGUGUGUUUAAGGCACACAGAGAAGCAGAGGGAUGUUUCUGUAGCAACUCAAAAGGGUUUGAUCUCCUGUCUCCGACGGUGCUGUCCUCAGCUCGCUCAUCACGUGACCGGUUACUCUGAAGGGUUUCGAGGUUAGCUUUGACAUCACAGAUAAUUUUAUCCUAACUGGAGGCCAAAACGAGAGCAGCAUGCACAAAGAUCAAAUUAUUGUCAGAUGCUGGCAUAUCAUUCCAGGAUGCUGCCGUCCCCGUCGGCACCAGUGAACAGAUGCAGGAGGAAAAAGCAACCCAAAAAAAUGCAACAUGGAAGCAAAUACCAGGGCAUUACAGGAUUAGCCACGCCUCCUAAAUUCUUCAGAAACCCUAGAUAUUGAACUAAUGUGAACAAUCCUCUCACCCCGACACUCCCCCUCCUCCAGUCUGUUACAAAGAGGUGGUGCAAAGUGAAUCUGCUGCAUCACGCAUGUGUUCUCCUCGCCAUGAGCGGUAACAUCUGUCCCUCUCGUUCUGGGUCGCCUCCUCGUUGUCUUGCAUGUCGGCUCUCGUGUGAGGAAGCACACGGCGAGCGAACUCCUGCAGGAGCACCAUCUAUUUAACAGUGUUACAAGAGAUGUUUUGUAUGAUAUUCUUUGACUUUAUUUGUUGAUAAUUGUUAUUGAUAUGGGAUUUCAUUGCAGAUGCCCUCCCAUGUGAGCUUUUUUUUCCAGGGUAAAGAAAAUUAAAUCUAAAGUUUAAACUGAA